AUGUCUCACAAAAAGGAUCUCGCUGUCAACAGCAGCGCGCACGAAGAUGACCUCGACCUGACGAUGAUCUACGUCUUCUGCGGCUUUGUCGUCGUCUGCUUGCUGGGAAAGCUGGUGCUGGCCAUCGUGUCCUACGCAGAGGCGUCUGUGAGGAUGCUGGCCGCGUCCUUGCUGGAGGAGCAAACCACGACGGCGAAGGACUUCGCGCACCCUUUCUCUUUCGCGGGUCACAAGAACGUCGCCUGUGAUGCCGACGAGAAGGACGUCGACGAAACCGACGAUGGUUGCGGCAAGUAUUGCGAAGGCCCGAUGAAAAGCGACCGCUCGAGGAAUUCCGGCGAGAGGCGACCCAUGGGCGGGGCCUUCGGCAGGCCCGUGCAACGGAACGACGAUAGCAGCGACGACCUCUUGGACGGAGACGCGCUAAGUGACCAGGAAGAAUCCUCGCUCGACGGCCUAUCGGACCUCGUGAAGGUGGUGCUGGACACGUUCGCCGAGAACCUGCAGGCGUCCCACCCGGCUCUCGACACGCGCGGCACCUCGCGGCUGUUCGGCGAACUGCUCGGAGCCUGCGGCCAGUUGUCGGCAACCACGUUCGCCGACGUCCUAGCCCGCACGGGUGCCCGCAACAUCGUGAUGAUGAACGAGGGAAAACACUCGGACGUGUUUCGGGUCAGAACGCCGGGCGGCAUCGCCGUGCUCAAGGUCCUGCACAUCGAGUACAUUGACCGUUACGCGAGGCAGCUCUGCAACCACUUGCUUGUAGCCAGGGCUCUCGAACGCCUAACCGACGAAAGAGCACACAAUUUUACCACGGGAUUCCUUCUUUUCACGCGGGCUAUGUGCGUAUGGGACGGCUACCCGCGGGAAUUGAGCGACGCCUGCCACAAGUUCGCCGCUGUCGUCUGCCACGACGCCAGACCGAGGAGCGUCGACCACAUCAUCGCCUAUCGUGAGGUGCCUCAGCCUUACCUGGUGCUGCAGAUGGACUACGCCGGAAUUCCACUGUCAUCGGUGCAGGCGCUGAGCAGUGGGCAGGCGGUCAGCGUCUUCCAGCAGGUCAUACUCACUCUGGCGGCGGCCGAAGCCGGACUCAACUUCGAGCACCGACACCUUCGCCUCGACAGCGUUUACAUCACGAGUACGUCGAGGGAAAUCGUACAGUGGAAGGUAGACGGGAAGUGGUUCGACGUCCCAACCCGAGGAGUCGUCGCAUACGUCGCCGAUUUUAGUGCCGCCCGCGUGGAUAUAGACGGAGAAACAGAGUUUACUGAUCCGCAACCGCUUUGGAAAGACUGCGACAACGACGGCACGCUGAAGGACAUUCACAGGAUAAUCGGGGAAGAUAUGAGCGCCGACUGGGGUGCCCACUGCCCGAGGACGAACGUGCUGUUCGCCUACCACGUGGCCCGCGAGCUGGCCGAACGAUUCGCGGUGGACCACCACAGCAGCGACGAGGAGGAGAAGGCGGAGUGGGACGCGUUCCAGGCGUGGAAGUUCCAGCUUCCGUGGUUCCCCAGCGUCGCCCAGUUCGCGCACAGCGCGUUCACCAGCCGGGAGGACGCGUCCCGAACGCGGAUUUCUGCGGCUGCAGUCGUCGCGAAGCUGGGACACUUCGUGACGCGAUCGCUGUCGUCUCUCGUGGGCGAGGGCGACAGAUAG